GCUAUCUUCAAGUGAAUAUGAAAGUAGGAUUCUGAGUUAUAUAUAUAAGCUUCUCAAGAUAUCUUAUAAACUGAAAUAAGGAAAAAUGUUGAAAUCCUCAGAAGAAUUUAAGAAAUGUUUGGAAGAAAUUAAGCUGGGGUUUAUGAAAGCGGUUGAAGGAUUUGGGCCUUUUCUAAGGCAAAUGAGGCAGGAGUGGAUACAGGAGACUGAAGACAUUGGCAGAUUUAUAAAGAAUUGUGAUGGUAAUAGAGCAGUCGCCAUCAAGAAAGGGUUACCAGAUGGAAGAGAUUACAACGUGCCCUGGAUUUUCAUAGCUUCGUUUUGUGCUUUUGCUAGAUAUUUGUUCUUCUUUUUGUCAAAGAGUGCAUUGAGGGACUAUAUCAGCAACGCUUUCAUAACUAAUGUUGCUUUAAGGGUUACCUUCAUUGCAAUUGGUAUAGUUACCAUAUGGUUUAAUAUUUCAUUUUUAUUAUCCUACAUAGUAUCUAUUGGUCCGAUUGUUGACUACCAUGAGAUAGGAAGAGUUGGAAAAACUGCAAUGAUUUUGAUCAGCUCAUGUGCUGCUUUAGUUUUCAGACUAUUGGUUCAAGAUAUCUACCGUAGUUAUAUUCUGAUUACAUUGACUGCAGAACUCCAAGUAUACUUUCAAUUGCUAUAUUGUUCAAGGGAUCAUAGCUUCUGGGAUGUGUUCUUUGUCGCAAGCUUGCAGAUUAUUAUUGUCAAUUUGAAGGAUGGUAAUAUCUGGGUUCUUGCAUCAGCAGUAUUAUUAAUUUGUAAGCUUCUAUUUGAGAAAUUCAUAUCUUAUUCAAUGCCCAUCUCACAAGAGGAGUUGGAAAUUUCUGUGAUCAGCUCAUAAUACUGACUGCAGAACUCCUGCCAAUAGAAUAGAAAACAAGGGAUUGUGGCUUCUAGGAUGCAAGAGUUGUGGCAAGCUUUGAAUAUGGAUUUUGUUUUAGCUGUUUUCUUAGAUUUAGAUCUUAUUGAAUGACCAUUUCACAAAAUGCAGAGUUUGAGAAUAAAGAUUGAGUUGUAGUUUGUCCUUUUUCACGUUCAAUAAACUGGGCAUUAUUA